GCGCACUAGCGAGAGGGAGGAGGCAGGAAGUUCCGCCAUCUUCGUUGCAGUCUAGCUCUUUCAGCUUCUUCAAAUUAGAUCUUUCUCCUUCGAAAAUGGCUGCAACAUUAAGGCCGUACCUGAAUGCUGUGCGUUCAACGCUCACAGCUGCUAUGUGCUUGGAGAAUUUCGACUCACAGGUCGUGGAGAGACACAACAAGCCCGAAGUCGAGGUGCGCAGUUCAAAGGAGCUGCUUCUUACUCCAUUGGUCAUCAGCCGAAACGAGAAAGAGAAAGUCUUGAUUGAGGGCUCUAUUAACUCCAUGAGAAUCAGUAUCGCAGUGAAACAAGCCGACGAGAUAGAAAAAAUCCUGUGCAAGAAAUUUAUGCGUUUUAUGAUGAUGAGAGCGGAGAAUUUCUUCGUACUUCGUCGCAAACCCGUUGAAGGUUAUGAUAUCAGCUUUCUGAUUACAAAUUUUCACACAGAGCAAAUGUUUAAACACAAGCUUGUCGACUUCGUGAUUCAGUUCAUGGAAGAAAUUGAUAAGGAAAUAAGCGAGAUGAAGCUUUCUCUCAACGCAAGGGCGCGUAUUUGUGCUGAGGAAUUUUUAAAGAACUUUUGAGGAUUUGGACUUUGACAGAAACAGUUAAAAAACAUUGUCAAAUUUAUCCAACAUAACGUGAAGAACUUUCUAAAUCAUGGGAUGUUGCAAAGAUACUUGCUUCUUGGAGAUUAAUGGCCGUAUACUUUGUACAGUUGAUGUUGCAUGUCUAGUUCUUACCCAAAAAAUAUAUUUUCGUACAUGGACCAAAAAAAAAAAUAGCAGUAAAAUUUAAUUAUAGAUUGUUGAUAUUUAGCCCAAGCCAGAUCUGGAGCUUGUACACUUGAAAAAAGGGCAACUAACACGCACCAAAUAUUUCUAAAGUUUGUUUCCAGUGUUAGUUGAAGCACCGAAUUUCUUGAAUAAGUGCCAGGAGACUUUUUAAUUUUUUCCAGGAGGGGCUCCACUUCAGGAGAGGCAUUAUCCUAGGGGAAUUCUUAUUUCCAAAUCUGUUUUCUAAACAAAUAAGCGCUUCUUUUUACAACAUUCAAGAAGCUAUUUAUACUCUUCCAACUAUAACAAAACAAGCUUUCAAUGAUAUAAUGUUGUUGCAUGUAGUACUAUCAGUUUUCAUUACUUCCCUUCUAACAUUCCAAUGCUCACUCCACUUUGUCAUUGGAGUUUUAAGCCUGGCACACACGGUGAGCAAAACUUCACGCGUGCAAUUUGCUCACUGCCUUGCGAGGCCAAAAAAUCACCAUGUGCGGAUGCCAAUCGAACGAAAUCACGUCUCGCGAGCAACUGAGACAAAAUUCUCACCUUCUUGAACUGUGAGUUUUUGGCCUCGGGAGGCAGUGAGCAAAUUGAACGUGUGAAGUUUUGCUCACUGUGUGCGCCGGGCUUAAGUGAAACAUGUUUAGGCAACACACAUAUUCUUUCAUAUUUUUCAAAGCAGGGGAGGUGCUUAUUCAAGCAAUUACUGCAUUACUCACUGUCAGUAACACUGGCUGCCUUAUUUUAGGAGUUUGUUUGCAAAUUUGCCUUUACAUUUCUUUGAAUUUCUAAUCUAGUAACAAUAGUGCAAAACUACAUGGUCUCACAUUUUCUUAAAAAUGUCAUUUUUUUACUUGAAAGUUGUUGAUUGUUCUGUAUACUCCAUACUUUACUGUGGUUUCUAAAGAAACAGAACUCAAAGAAACAGAAAAUUAAGUAGUCUUACCAGGGAUAAUGAAUAAAGGGCUACAAAAA